AGUUGUUACAAUAAAUUAUAGUUUCAUACCCUGGUAUAUUUGUUUGUCAUUUCAAACACAAUGAUAGCAAAAAUCGAUGGUAUAAUUACGAACGUUAAUAAUUUUAAUCAAUGGCAGUUACUAUUGCAGACAAUUAUCAUAAUUACCAACCACUAUAACCAAUUAGUAGUUCAGAUUCAGAAUCAUUACAACCGCAACAGACGAUAAUUAGGAAAACUAUCAGUUUUUUAAUUAUUGAAAUUAUAAAAACAGAAACAAUUUCGAAAAUAUUCCUCAUAAUUGCAAUUAUGUAUAUUAAAACACCGAUAUUAAAAUUAAUAAAUGUUAACAAAUUUAAUAAAGAAACGAAAUUAAAUGAAAUAUCUGUUAAUGAAAUGAGAACGGAUCUUGAGAAAUAUGUUGCCGAUCAGAGUGUAUAGUUCAACUUCCUUUUGAUUUUAAUUUUAUUUUUUCUCUCUUUCAACGUAGAAGAAAGUCACCGACAUUCGAUUAUAGGUCGUCAAUAUAUUACAGGAGGAAAUUGAUCAAACUUUUCUUUGUGACCCAAUGGUUGUUGAAUUGAAAGGAGGAAUCGCGGAGUUUAAUAUCCUUAUAAAAACUCAAAGAGGAAAAAUGUAGUUGAGAAGCUCAAAGAAAGCAAACAAUAUUUGUUAGGGAAUUUCUUCAACUGUAACAAUUUCGAACAAUUUUAUUAUAAAAAUUUUAACUGCAUUUUGUAUUUUAAAAGCAAUGUGGAAUUUUUGUUUUGUGUGCUUGACAUGGAAAAAAUGACAUUGAGACAUGCGAGAGAAGAUUGAUCCUAGAAACAAGUUGCAGAUCGAUUUUAAGAUGACACGACAUUGUUGACUCAGUUUUGGAAUGUCUUUUUAGAAGGGAUGAGACAUGGUAGGCACGGCAAACUGCGGUACUGUUCAAACUCUAUUUGAUUUUACACGAACGGAUCAGCUUGAUAGCUGGACAGAGUAUUCGGACACAAUAAAACCGAGUGGAAUGUCGAAAGCAAUUCUCGUUAUUCAGAAAACCCAGCUUUUGCAAAGAGCAGUCCUCUUCACUCUAUUCAAUCCAAAACCAAAUGGAACUGGCUUUGCGGCAAUUCGUUGCGAUACAAACUUCGAUCUCAAGCAAUUUCAGAAUAUUAUGAUUAAAUGCCGUGGUCAGGGUAUUAAUCAAAAAUACAAAAUGCUCCUGAGGCACAAAGGAAUGGGCAAAGACGCUGUGAUUUAUGGUCAAGUCUUCACGGCACCGGAAAAUGAAUUUGCAACUAUUAAAUUACCAUUGAUAGAUUUUAAACCAUACUAUAGAGGACAGCAAUUAGCUCUGGAUGCCUAUCCUUUAGAUAUAUCGGCCAUCACGAAUAUAGGCAUUAAAGUGGACAACGGACCUUAUCUGCCAGAUAAUCAACCUGGAGUAUCGGCGCUUGAAAUUGAUUGGAUUAAAGCCGUUAAAUGAUGGGAAAAAUACCAAUUUCUAUCGCACGCCAGUUCAAAAAAGGGAAUAAAAAUUUAUUUUUAUUUAAAUAUUAUAUAUAUAUAUAUUCUUUGAAAAAAAAAAAAAAAAAAUUCGUCUAGUAAAAGAA